AUGGAUGGUUCCGACCUGUACCUGCGCCCUGACACCUCAUAUGUUCGCUCCCCGCAUGACGACGUCAUGCCCGCGGUUGUGCUACUCAUCUAUGGAACCACCUACGCUCUGACCCUCAUUCUCCCCACCGACGACGUCAGUAGCGUCACGACGGAGCGCAUCGAUGGGUGGAUCGAGAUCGUGCACGGCCCGCUCACAUCUCAGUGCGAGGCAACGCAGGCGCAGUUUGAGCUGCUGCUUGACGUUGUCUUGACCUACCGUGCCUUCGCCCUCGGCCGCCUCGGCGCCAGCGACUUCGAGCUGUUCACCGACCGUUUGAUCGAGACCGCAAGCGAGCUGCACCCAUUCGAGCGAGCCGAUGACGAACUCGCCGAGUUUGUAGGAUGGCUACAUGUGAACUUUCCCAAGUCUAUCUUUGACACCACCGACCUCGAUCUUUCCGACCUACCCAUGCAGAGCCCCCUCGAGCCACCCCGUCGAUUCCGCCCUCCGGUAGUGCAGACUCUCGCCCAUGCCGGCAACGGUCUUGCGAACGAACUGCACCGCCUUUCUCUUCUGGAGCACCAGGCUGCGGACGUUCAGUCCGACACAGCGCCGCCGUCAGAACGAGCCGGAACCACGCCCGUUGCUCCAAGCCUUGGCGUACCCCUCCUAGCCUCCAAACCGGUCGUUCCUCAGCACGCGCCGAAGACGCCGACGACGCCGAAGUGGGCUCGUCGUGCUGCUGCUGACGCCGACUCUGACUCCGAUGGGGGCCGCUCUGAUAUGCCUUCUCUCAAGACAGUUGACUGCUCGUCAUGCGGCAGUGGUGAUGAUGACUCGGAUGGCGAGGCACUGUGGUCGUCGGAUGCCGAAGGCGAUGAUAAGUAG